UCAAAGUAUUUACAAGUUAAUUUUCGGCCAGAGAAGCCAACGUAAAAAGGUGUCUUAAGAAGAAGCAAAACAGACAUGGGUCGCAAUAAGUCAAAAGCGAAUGCCAAAAAGGGAGGUGCCGGUGCUACCGCAGCUGCCAAACCCAAAACCCCACUUAGUAAGUCGAAAAAGGCCAAAAAUAUAUUCAAGGUCGCUGAUAACAACAAGGGCAGGAAGAAGCCAAAGGAAGUUCAGGGCAAAUUAAAGCAGAUCAAAGAGGCCGUCAAGACCAAACAGGAGAAGGUCGACGCCAGCCUUAAGGCGUUGCAUCAGGAUCUGGUGGUAAAGAAGCCAAAGCCUGCAGCAGUUACGCCGAUAAAGAACACCAAAAAACCGGCAGCAAAUGCCAAGAAGGUAUCCGACAAACUUGGAAACCUCAAGUUUUAAGCUAUAAUGUCUAUCAAGCAACAUAGCCAUGUCUAGUUAAUAGUAUAAUCGUUCAAUCCUUUUAGAGACAAUCUUGUCUUCUAGUGUAGUCCCAAUUUUAAUCAAUGCCUAAACAAGUUUUUGUUUUCUCGGCACAAUAUUGUGCAAAAUAUAUGAUAGAUAUAUUGAAAACUACCAUUAAACAACGACUGGCACUGAAGCUGGCGUUGAAGUUACAGUUGCAA